AUCUCUCGGGAGGACGGAUGGGAUUAGGUCCCAUCAUGGCGGCUGAAGAAGCGGAUGUGGAUAUCGAAGGGGACGUGGUGCCAGCCGCCGCACAGCCAGGAAGUGAUGAAAAUACAGCAUCUGUUUUACAAGAUCACUAUCUUGAUUCAUCGUGGAGAACUGAGAAUGGUCUUAUUCCUUGGACUCUGGAUAGCACCAUCAGUGAAGAGAACAGAGCUGUCAUUGAGAAGAUGUUGUUGGAAGAAGAGUAUUACUUAUCUAAAAAAUCACUUCCAGAAAAAUUCUGGCUUGAUCAAAAGGAAGAUGAUAAAAAAUACAUGAAGAGUCUACAGAAAACAGCAAAAAUCAUGGCACACUCUCCUACAAAAACAGCCAGUUACUCAGUAAAGUGGAAGAUAGAAGAAAAAGAGCUGUUUGAACAAGGGCUGGCUAAAUUUGGCCGAAGGUGGACCAAAAUUGCAAAGCUAAUUGGAAGUCGCACUGUUUUACAAGUUAAGAGUUAUGCCAGGCAAUACUUUAAAAAUAAGGUAAAAUUAGAUGGUCCAGAGAAGGAAACACCAAAUGAGAAGAGCAGCAGUGACCUUCAGAUUAAAAAUGAAGAUGAAGGCACAAAGGCAUGGACGCCAUCAGGUUUAAGGGGACGUGCUGAUCCCAACUUGAAUGCUGUAAAAAUUGAAAAGUUAUCUGAUGAUGAAGAAGUAGACAUCACAGAUGAGGCAGAUGAGUUGACUUCUCAAGCUCCCCAAAAGAAUCCUAGCAAUGAUGUCUUAUUAAACAUUCCUAAUAGUAAAAGUCAUGAAACCAGUCAAGGGGAAUUUAUUGCUUCCAACCAGGAAGAUUCUGUACCUGAAUCUUCCAAGGAGUAUUUUCAGAAUAUAAAGCAGGGAGAAAUGGAAGCACUUUCAAGCUCAGGAAGUAAAUUUUGGACUGAAAAACAGAGUGUUAGUGACAAAAAAUCAGCUGAGUUAAAUGAUCAGAAAUGUAAUAAACUGAUGAAAAACUCUGAAAAACAUGAUGGAAAUGGAAUAAUAGAUGCUGCCAGGCCGUUGCCUUCUCCAGAGCCUUGUGAAGUUCAGGAAGACUUGAGUGAUACUGAAGUGCUUUUUCAUUCUUCCUGUCAAAUGGAGGAGAGCCAUGAGGAAGAAGAGCUGAAGCCACCAGAACAAGAAGUAGAAAUAGAUAGAAAUACCGUUCAAGAAGAAGAAAAACAAGCAAUUCCUGAGUUCUUUGAGGGGCGCCAAGCUAAAACACCAGAACGCUAUUUGAAAAUUAGGAAUUACAUUUUGGAUCAGUGGGAGAUAUGCAAACCGAAAUACUUAAAUAAGACCUCAGUACGUCCUGGCCUGAAGAACUGUGGGGAUGUUAAUUGUAUUGGACGGAUUCAUACAUACCUCGAGUUGAUAGGAGCAAUCAAUUUUGGAUGUGAACAGGCUGUGUACAACAGGCCACAACCAGUUGACAAAGGACGAGUCAGAGACCGAAAAGCUACAGGGGAAGCGUACCGGCUUGCACGGCGCCUGCAGUCUGCGCGCACAAGGAGACGGAGGGUCCGAGACCCAUGGGGAAAUUGGUGUGAUGCAAAAGACUUAGAAGGACAAACCUUUGAGCAUCUCUCUGCUGAGGAAUUGGCAAGAAGAAAAGAGGAAAAAUGUAAACCUGUUAAAUCCUCAAAAGUACCAAGACCAACAAAAAGCUCAUUUGAUCCCUUCCAACUGAUACCUUGUAAUUUUUUCAGUGAAGAAAAGCAGGAGCCAUUUCAGGUGAAAGUGGCUUCAGAAGCACUUUUAAUAAUGGAUUUGCAUGCUCAUGUUUCUAUGGCAGAAGUGAUUGGUCUAUUAGGAGGAAGAUACUCAGAAGUUGAUAAGAUAGUUGAAGUCUGUGCAGCAGAGCCAUGUAACAGUCUGAGUACAGGACUGCAGUGUGAGAUGGAUCCUGUCUCACAAACACAGGCCUCAGAGACCUUGGCUGUGAGAGGUUAUAGUGUUAUUGGAUGGUAUCAUUCUCAUCCUGCCUUUGAUCCAAAUCCUUCCUUACGAGAUAUUGACACUCAAGCCAAAUACCAGAGUUACUUCUCCAGAGGCGGUGCAAAGUUCAUUGGAAUGAUUGUUAGUCCUUAUAAUCAGAGCAAUCCUUUACCUUAUUCCCAGAUUACCUGCCUGGUUAUAAGUGAUGAAAUUAGCUCAGAUGGCUCUUACCGUUUACCUUACAAAUUUGAAGUACAACAGAUGCUGGAAGAACCUCAGUGGGGAUUAGUAUUUGAAAAGACAAGAUGGAUAAUAGAAAAAUAUCGGUUAUCCCAUAGCAGUGUCCCUAUGGAUAAAAUCUUUCGCCGGGAUUCUGACCUGACUUGUUUGCAGAAACUUUUGGAGUGUCUGAGGAAAACUCUGAGCAAAGUGACUAACUGCUUCAUUGCUGAAGAAUUCUUAACUCAAAUAGAAAAUUUAUUCCUUUCCAAUUAUAAAAGCAAGCAAGAGAAUGGAGUAGCUGAAGAGGACUGUGCUGUGGGUGCAAAGGAAUUGUUAAUGUAAUUAUUUUAAAGGAAGACCUUUUAAUCUUGACACAGUAGAUCCUUCUUGAAAUUAUUGUAAUUUAGCUAAUAGUGGCACAACUUUAAUAUUUUUCCUCUAGUUCACAAAAUCCAAACUUUGCCACAUAAAUCCUAUGACACUUGUUUUCACACAGUGAUUGUCAGAGUGUGGUGUGAAGCAGGGUCUGCUGCAGUCUGCGGUCCUUCCCCCCCCCGCGCCCCGCCACCAGCCAGUGAGUGCUGCAGGAGACUUUGAGGGGCUGUCUGCUUUUUUGUUGUAUUCAGGUUGAUAAAUGCAAUAUCUCUAAUAUUUAUUUCUCCCCAAACUAGUCAUUCUACUCUCGGUACCUCACAUCUGUGUCUCAUUAGGAACACUUCCAUUUUUUCCAUGUCUUUUGAUGAGAUUUUAUUUAUGGUUGCAAAUGAGAUGUGGAUGGAUGGUCACUGAGGUAAUGAACAUGGUUGAGAACUAGUGGUGUAAUAAAUCUAACAACACGCUGUAGGAGGCCAGGGGAGGCCUAAGGAGAAAAUCUUAAACAUAGAGAAGAGACCAAUGGAGAGAAUCAAAUUGCCAGUUUUUCAUUAUAGAUAUUUGUUUCCAUUUUAUUUUACAGCAAUAAUACUACAGGCUGUGCCAUUUUCUCAGCUAGCUGAAACAUUUAAUAUGGAUUUUGGAUACAUAAAAUAAUUAGCUUCAACUAUAUGUCCACUUACUAUGUGUGAUAAAACCUCAUUUAAUUGGAACACAGAUAAUCAUAACUCUCAAACUAGAUUUUUUUUUUCUACUACCUGCUAUCAGGAGAAAGAGGCAAAUUUUAAUAAUGCUUAAAUAUUAAAUCAGAGAUUUAAUUUUAAAAACAAAAAAGCCUUCCAGGACAUAUUACAUAUAUAGUCCAGUUUCAUAGACUUUCUAAAUGUAGAAUAGAAGUGAGCAAAACUUUUUAUGUAAAGGGACAGUUAGUCAAAAACUUAGGCUUUGCAGGUCACAUACUGUCUCUAUCAGACAUUCUUUGUUGUAUCUUUUUUACAGUCCUUUAAAAAUGUAAAACCAUUCUUAUUACCUCAUGAGCCUCACAGAGAAUGGGUUGCUGGCCAUUAUCUUCCAACCUCUGCUCUAGAGAAUUACAAACAUUUAUAAUUUAUUUUCAGGUAUAUGAACCUGAGACACUGAAAGGCCUUAUUUACAUCAUCUUCAAACAACAACAAAACUUAAAAUUAUGAUUUACAUUUAAAUAUAUUUUCAAGUAAAAUUAGCAGUCAUGCUGCCUGAUUUACUCAGAUAGAUUUGAGUUUAUUUCUGUGAGCCAUAGAACUGAUUUACACCCAUUCCCCAAGCACUCUUACUAAUAACAGUUUUAUUACACCUUAUCUGGAUAUGAUUCUGUAUUUUUACCUUUUUUGGUUGUAACCAUUAGCCAUGGAAGAAUAUGGCAGUGUCUGAGGGAGCAGUGAGCCAGUUCUAGAUGGCCUACAUCUUGGCUCAACCCUGUGACUUGGGGGUGGGGGUGGAGGGUAGGGGAUAUAAGUUGACCUCUGAACCUAAAUUCUUGUGUAAAUGAGGUCUAAGUUAUCUUCCUAACAACCUUCCAGGUCUAAAAUGCAUUUCUUCUAUAUGUAGUUAGAAUAAACAAUGAAACAUAACUUAUAACACAAUUACCUUUGGGAUUUGGGACCGGGGGUGGUAAGAGCUGCAGACCAAACAUCAGGAAACCCGAGUCCUCAUCCUCAUCCUAAUUUUGUUAUCAGCUUUGCUCUGUAGCAGUGAUAACAUCACAUAAUCUGUCUGGACCUCAGGCUCUUCACCUGUAAUCCACGGGUCUAAAUUUUAUGACUUCGUUUUUCCUUCCAAGCACAGAAAGUCUGCAAUUCUGUAAAAGGUAGUAAUUGAUUCCUUUGUAGUCUUCCUUUUGACAUGUUUUCCUCAUUGUACAUGAGGAACACAUCCUAGAAGUUGGUAUGAAUUAGCUCUUGAUUGACAUUUCCCUAUAAUAAUGAUUAAUUUGGGUGAUAGAAAAUAAUGGAAAUUGUUAAAAAUUCUGUUCUCAAAUCUGGGUCCCCUGCAUGCCGGUAGUUAACCAUAUUUACUAACCUAAGCCAUACCAUGAGGAACUCAAAGAUGGUAAUCCUCAGAGUUUAGAGUUUGGAGAGCACAAUUUUCUAAAUAAUAUUUACUGAGUGUUUUUUUCUGAUGAUAGAUAUAUCUCAAAAUAUUUUUUAAAGAACAGAAACAUAAAUAAAAAUAUAUAAAUCUUAUUAUCUAGAAAACCACAGGUAACAUUUUAGUAUAAAUUCUUCCCCCUUUUUUUUUCUUGGACCAUGCAAUUUUUUUUUUUUUUAAAGAUUUUAUUUAUUUAUUCGAGAGAGAGAGAGAGAGCAAAGUAGGCAGAGAGGCAGGCAGAGGGAGAGGGAGAAGCAGGCUCCACACUGAGCAGGGAGCCUGAUGCGGGGCUCGAUCCUGAGAUCAUGACCUGAGCCGAAGGCAGACGCUUAACUGACUGAGCCACCCAGGCACCCCACAAUUUUAAAGAUUUUAUUUACUUAUUUGAGAGAGAGAGUGCAAGAGCAUGAACACAGGGGGCGGGGCAGAGGGAGAAGCGGACUCCCCGCUGAGCAGGGAGCCUGGGAUCAUGACCUGAGCCCAAGGCAGACGCUUAACCAACUGAGCCACCCAGGUGCCCCUUGGACCAUGUAAUUUUAUCUGUGGUAUUUUCCUCCCCUCCUCCCUUGUACAUUCUCCCUGUUUCCUUUUUUCUCUUAUCGUAUUCUUAAAACAUUUUUACCACUGCAGGUGCCCACAUUCCUGUCACUGCCAACUUGGGCUACUUAGGGUAGUCAGAGCUAGGGCCUUGGAGAAGCGCAGAAGUCUGGAACUGAGGGGCAGUGUAAUAUAGGAGGUUCAGGAGGCAGAGACCCAAAGGGAAAACCUACCUCUGGUAUUAUUUACAGGAGUGGAGACAGGACCUGAAAACACCCAGAUCUCUUCAUCCUGAUUCGAUUCUUAAGAUUGCACAAUGAUAAUAAAAUAAUGAACUUAAUUUUUUUUUCUUUUCCUGCUUGGCUAGUGGAAAUUGACACUAGUACUUCUCCAAUAUUAGACUUAGCUCUUUUAAAAAUCUAAUCCCAAAGUAAUUCAAAAAAGAAAAAUCAGUGGAAUAAGAUCAACAAGAUCAGACUCUCCUUACCCCUCCAUUAUUUUCUUGAACUAUUUUCAAAGCCACAUUAGGUAGGACUUAGACAAUUUUGCCUUCUUGGAUGUCUUCUUUCAGAAAAUAUUAAAAAUUCAUUACAACUGCAUUUGUAUAAAAUGAAUCUAAUAUUGUAUAUUUUCCUUCUGAAAACUUCCUAUUGUGUUUUUUUCCUUCUGAAUUUAAAAGAAAUGAAAACAUUUUUAUGGGCCUUCAAAGUAUUGUGGGCCGGAGGCACGUUGUCUGAAAGCCAAGGUGGCCCUGCCUGUAUUCUGAAGGGUAUCGCUGGAAAAAUGGCAGUCAUGACCCUGUCCCCUGUAAAACCUAUCUCACAAACCCUAGGACCGCUUUGCCACCCCAGCCAAGAACGUUGCAAUGCCUGGGGCUUUAGAGCUCUAGACUUGAACUUCGUUCUUCAUUGACCUGACCACAGUUUAGGAGUGUUGCUUGGAAACAGUCAUCCUCAAAAAAAAAAGAUAGACAGUGAUUAGUUUUAGCUUUCAGAUAGAUAUUUUUGUUCUGACCCGUAAUUUAUAGUUUUGAAACUCAUGCCACAUAUCCUACCACCCCUAUUCUUUCAUUUCCCUCAAGCCCCGCUCCCUACUUUUUCCCCACUCCCUCUACUUACCUCUCAGAAUGUAGGUACAAGAUGGUUCAUUUAGCAUUUAGUAAAAGCAAGGCCGGAAGGAUAGAGUUGAACAGAUCCAUUCGUAUUUUAUGGAAGUCGAUUAAUGCUGCCCCAGCCUUUUCUCCAAAACUCUCCUCCCCCACCGAAGUGGAGUGAGGUCAGUAAUGUGCAGACUGAUCAGGGUCAGAACCUCCGCAGCUGCCUGGGCAGCAGGGCAAUGGCAGCCUCGACAAGCCAGCCUGAGCAGGCCUCCUGCUCUUCAGUUUGCCUUCUUGUUUGUCUUGCUGGGUCCUAACGAGGUGAGCUGGAGGACUUGGGGUAAGUGCUGUAGGCAGGAUGCUCCAGGAUUGAUGCUUUGCACAAGGACAAGGAGACCUAGGGACACCUGACCACCUGACAUAUAGCUCCCUAUCCUCGGGUCAGCAACAGGCAUUCGGUGGAUGAAUUUCUCAGAAAUUAAGUAAGGGUACCCAAAUUUUGUAUUUUUUCACCUACACUGUCCUCUACCAAUAACAAGAGACUUAAGUCCAGAGUCAUACAUCGUGGUAUUUAGGAAAAGUUAACUUCUAACUUUUCCUCCAAGCACAAAGGAAAAAGCACAUUUUGGUCAUCAUCUCUAUCAGGAUUAAUACAAAAUUUAACAGAUUUGAUCAGUAUCCCCAGUUUACCAGCUGUUAAAUAGUUUUCUUAAAAAUUAAGAUCAUAUUUUACAAUACUUUCAGAAAAUCACUGUGGAGAAUAAUGUCAUAUACUUUAACUUACUCAAUUCCUGACCUUUUCUUAAAUGGUUUUAUGUGUGCUAUUCUUCCAAACUGUUUUCUCUGUUUUUUCAUUUGCCCUGUAAUUUGUGCUUUCCAGCUUUUUCUGAAUCUUGUAAGCCACCUUAAAUUCUUUCUGGAACAAGGCAGAGAAUAAAUAUGUUAGCCCCCUAAAUCAGGAGAAAAUAAAAAUUUCUCAGAGAAGCUGUGAUUAUACCAGAUGUUGUAUACCAAAGUAAAUUCGAGAAGGUAAAAUUAACUCAUGAUAUCUGGGUUUUUUUGUAUUUUCUCCCUUUGAAUAUAUUUAUGAAUAUAUUCAUAAGAACUUUAAUUUCAGGGAAAAAUGCCUUAUGUGCUGUCUUUGAAGUUCCCUAAAGUAGUCUCUUAGGAUUUAAGAAGAAUGUUAAAUAUGAUUUCAUAGUUUGUACUCCUGUUUCAUAGGUUGCCACAGAACAUUUGUUUUGAGCUAUGAAUUAUAAAAUAGUAUUUAGAAUCCAGCAUGAUUUAAAUAGACUGGUCAUAGAUCUUUAAAUUUGUGGAUUUGACAUGUAAAUUGUAAAUUGUGUAUUAUGUAUAAGUAUAUAAGUUUACUGUGAUUAUUGAUAAACCUGUUGCUGUUGUUUUCCCCAAAUGUUAUUAGUGUUUAUGGAUUUCUUUUAUUACUUUGAAUUUUGAAAUGUUCUGUAAUGGAAUAUAAUGACUUAAACUAUUUUGUACAUUUAAAUAUGGUGCCACAUUGUCUAAAUCUAUAUUAAAGAAUAUUGUAAAUAUUAAUGUUUA